CUGGAUAGGGACCCACAAAGGACCAGGUGAGGUACAGAGAACCCUGAAGCCCAAAGCAGAGGUGAGGAUGAGAUGUAGGCAGCAUUUACAGUGGAUAUAGGUCAGCCUCUUCCAGGCCACAGAAUAUUGACCCACCUCAGCACCCAGCCUUGCAUAUCCAGGUUCUCUGACCCCAAUCUUUUAUCCUCUGAAGAACACAAUCAGCUUUGGGAUCAUGAAAGGUUUAGGUGGGGAUGGAGAGGCCCCUAAUCCUGGACUUCAUCUUUGGGAGGCUUAGGAUCAUUCCAAGUCCCACUAUGUCUUUAAAGGAAGGUACUGUGGGGAGGGGCAACAGCAGAAUAAUAAUCUGUAAGAGGGACUGGAGGUGGUGGUGAGGGCGUCCCAAACACAAGAUGUCAGGAGAAGACGAGUUCUACCUGUUUCAGAAUAUCUCCUCGGUGGGGCCCUGGGACGGGCCCCAGUACCACAUUGCUCCUGUCUGGGCCUUCCGCCUCCAGGCAGCCUUCAUGGGACUUGUCUUCUUUGCAGGGACCCCGCUCAAUGCCACAGUGCUGGUGGCCACACUGCUUUACAGAAAGUUGCGGCAGCCCCUCAACUACAUUCUGGUCAAUGUGUCCCUCGGGGGCUUCCUCUUCUGCAUCUUCUCCGUUUCCACUGUCUUCAUCGCCAGCUGUCACGGCUACUUCCUCUUUGGCCGCCAUGUUUGUGCUCUGGAGGCCUUCUUGGGCUCUGUAGCAGGUCUAGUGACAGGAUGGUCGUUGGCUUUCCUGGCUUUUGAGCGCUACAUUGUCAUCUGUAAGCCCUUUGGCAACGUCCGCUUCAACUCCAAGCAUGCAUUGAUGGUGGUCCUGAUCACUUGGACCAUUGGUAUCGGCGUGUCCAUCCCACCCUUCCUUGGCUGGAGCAGGUUCAUCCCUGAAGGCCUGCAGUGCUCCUGCGGCCCGGACUGGUACACGGUGGGCACCAAGUAUCGAAGCGAGUACUACACCUGGUUCCUCUUCCUGUUCUGUUUCAUCGUGCCUCUUUCCCUCAUCUGCUUCUCCUACUCCCAGUUGCUGAGGACUCUCAGAGCUGUGGCAGCUCAGCAGCAAGAGUCAGUGACGACCCAGAAGGCUGAACGGGAGGUGAGCCACAUGGUGGUGGUGAUGGUGGGAUCCUUUUGCCUCUGCUACGUGCCCUAUGCUGCCCUGGCCAUGUACAUGGUCAACAAUCGUAACCACGGGCUGGACUUACGGCUCGUCACCAUCCCUGCCUUCUUCUCGAAGAGCUCAUGUGUCUACAAUCCCAUCAUCUACUGCUUCAUGAAUAAGCAGUUCCGGGCUUGCAUCCUGGAGAUGGUGUGCAGGAAGUCCAUGACAGACGAAUCCGACAUGCCUGGCUCUCAGAAAACAGAAGUUUCUACUGUCUCUUCCAGCAAAGUUGGCCCUCACUAAGGACCGCCAAUUGGCCUGCUGGCGGCAAGCAGAGCACCAUUUAGUUUCUACAUUCUCCAUUUAAACCCUAACGCAGGGAAAAGAUGGGAAGGGGAGCGGUAGCACUCCUGGCAGGCAGUUCAUUUCCUAUUGCUGACUUCCUGUCAGCAAGGUUGCUGUUCCCAUGCGGGCCAUUUCAACAGUCACAGUUUCUACUCCUAAGUGGCCCUUCACUCCUGGAGAACUGUAGGAGAAAGGGCUGUUUCUGGUGUAUGGGUAACACUUUCCUUUUCAGUCAUUUUUCUUCUUCCUUGCUGGACCCGAGAUAUGUCUUGUGUUAGAGUAAGCGAUGGGGCAGUGGGAAAAAAGGCAGCGACCACCAAGCACCUACAGGGAAUUUAAAGGAACUUACCUGUGUGGUGUCUCCCAGCUGCUGCAGCCUAGGCUGUGGCGGCCAUGGUUGGAGCUGCCUCAGCUCCCUCAUCUCAAACAGAAUUAUUCUAGGCGUUCUCCUCCACUUGGCUAAAUGAAUGUAUUCACUUAGAGCUGUGCAUUGAUUAAAGUUAGAACUUUAAUCCUGUGACGUCCUCAAAAUGAGUUUGCAUGUCUCAGUACCAUUUAUAAAUCAAACCCAAGUGCUAAAAACAUUUUACCUUACCCUCUUCCUACACCUGCUGCUCUUGGAAAAAUGAGCUCCUUUGAAAUGAAAACCAAGAUAAAUGUGUGUUCAAUUCUACUCAAGGAAUGCUGGGUGCCAUUAUCAGGUAAUGAUGCACUGGAAGGCAGGAGGGUCAUAGCAGUGAGAAGCAACCAGAAACCUCAGGAAUAGGAAAGGACUAAGUGUGAGGGAGACGUCAGUGUUCUCUCUCAGCCUGGUGGGGAGAUAUGGUGGACCUUCUGGGAGAAUUCCUUUUCUUUGACAUUUUACAACAGAAUUCUAAGCCAUAAUCCCAUUUCUUCCUUCCUUCCUUCUUUCUCUUUAAGAAAUGAUUUAUUUUUAUUUGAUGUGCAUUGGUGUUUUGCUUGCAAUGUAUGUCUAGGUGAGGGUGUCACAUAUCCUGGAAUUGGAGCUACAGACAGUUGUGAGCUGCCAUGUAGGUGCUGGGAAUUGAACCCGGGUUCUCUGGAAGAGCAGUCAGUGCUUUUAA